CGAACAAGAUGGCGGUUCGUGUUGAAGUCCCGAUCCGAACAAGAUGUCGUUUAGCAUUAAUUCAAUAUUUGGAACCACGGACUGAACGGUUUCGUUCCAUUUCUUUCGCCGCCAUUGAUAAAACUACAGAUGGACCAGAAAUCUAAAACGUUAUUUUAAAAUACCACGUCAUUGCUAAAAUAAAGCGUUGACCACAUUUUUAUAGAGAUUUUUUAUGUGGUAAAAAUCACAUAAUGAUACAUCGCAGCAUCCAGGGACUGGAUAGUUACUGGUGGGAGGCGGAAUAAAACCCAAUAAGUGUCCAGCUUGAUUUAGUAGUUUACUCCGCGGGUACGUGUGAAGUCCUCUCUGAAUGACGCUCAUGCUAUAAGCAGUGAGCUUCACCUCGAUGCCACAUUCACGUUCCCUGCGGUUAUAAAGCCUGGUUGGCGCGGCUGACGCCAUUUUUAUCCCGAUCCGGAGCCAUGGCCAUGCUCAGAGUGUCUUCAUACCGCCGGCUGUUUCACCACGACGGGCGGAGUUCUAACGGAGGGCCGAGGCUGCACCAGGCCUCCGCCAGGUGUGCCUCUGCUGACAAAUGUGGCUGUGAUAAAAUAGACUUUGUUGCAGCCAAAGCUCUGAACAAAGCGGGUCUGGACCGGUUCGUCCAGGAGCGGACCACCAUGGCUUCCCUCAACGACCGGCUGGUCAAACUCAUUGAGUUGGCUCACUGUUUGGAAGAGGAGAACGGCUCUCUUGAAAGCCAGAUUGCUGAUCUGGAGGAAAAUCUCAACGGUCAACCCGCCUCAGCGAAACCGAAUUUCAGCUUGGAGGCAGCGGUGGAAAAACUGCGCAGGCAGAGGGAUGAGAUUAUUUGUGACACAGAGGAGCUGAAGGAAGAGCUUGAAUGUCUCCAGAAGGAGUUUGAAAAAACAGCACAUCAGAGGAUCGUCAUCCAGCAGGGACAACGAGAUGCUGCUGAGGCGGUCGAUGCUGCGACUGCAGAGUGUUUGGCUCUGAGGGACCAAGUGGCCGUCUAUGAGGAAGAGCUGGCCAACAUGGAGACCCAACACAAGAUGGAGGUGGAGAACCGGCUGCAGCCAGAUGAAAGGGCGAUCAGGUUUGGCAGCCCUGACAUCACCGCAGCCUUGGAAGUGAAGGAGUACCACCGCCAGCUGGCUGAGAGCCUCCAGCUGGAGUUUGGGGCGCUCUCCUCUGGCAAAGGCAAUGGAAAGAAACUGGAAGCGAGAGGAACUGGUGGGUCAAUGGUGAAAGACCCAACAGAGAUAACUGAUGUGGACGAGAUGAAGACUCUGAUUUCAGAGCUGCAGAAGGAACUCGACGACCUUGAGAAGAGAAACGAGGAGAUGUUGGAGGAAGUUGAGGUGAAAGGGGCCGUGUACAUGGAUGAGGUUGAAGAGCUGGAGUUUACUAUAGCAGAAAUGACACAGCAGGAGGUUGACUUCAAAUCCCAGAUGAAGGAUCAGUGUGAGGAGUACAGGGAGCUGCUCAGUGAGAAGAUGGCAAGAGACAUGGAGAUCGCCGCCUACAGGAGUCUGGUGGAGGAAGAGGAGGUGAGACUCUGCAGCCUGUGACUCGGCCCGAUCCAGUAGACCUCUGCUGGGUUCUCCCCUGAUGCAAGAUUAGAAAACAGCAAGAAUGCACGACAAACGGACCCAGAAUGAGCAUUUUGAUGAAGCUUUAGCCUCGUAGUUUUAGCCACUGAUGGAUUGAAGCUGCAGCCAGCUGAUAACAGGUCGCAUGCAGAUGACCUGGAGACUAAGAUGGAUCAGUCUGAAACCUGCAGGAGGCUCAGGUCUGGCUCUAAUACUCCUUUAAAGUGGGUUUUAUCUCCUCCAGUUCUCUCAUUCGCACACAUUUUAUUCUCUCUGUGUAAAACAAGGUUCAAAUUUAAAGGGAUAAUAUUGUGUAAAAUCUUUUUUUUUUUUUUUUCAUCUUCGUGUCCUUUUAUGUUAUUCCCUUAUCAAAAACACACUUGGAUUAUUGUCUUAAUUUUUUCAUACAUGUUUGAGGAAUGCUUUGAUCUCCAUGGCAACCAUUCAGUUGUGCAAAACGUCUGGGUGGACCUAGCUCCGCCUUCAAAGACAAAGCUCCGCCUUCAAAGACAAAGCUCCGCCUUCAAAGACAAAGCUCCACCUUCGAAGACAAAGCUCCACCUUCAAAGACAAAGCUCCACCUAAGAAGACAAAGCUCCGCCUUCGAAGACAAAGCUCCGCCUUCAAAGACAAAGCUCCACCUUCAAAGACAAAGCUCCACCUUCGAGGACAAAGCUCCACCUUCGAGGACAAAGCUCCGCCUUCAAAGACAAAGCUCCGCCUUCGAAGACAAAGCUCCACCUUCGAGGACAGAGCUCCUCCUUGGAGAUGGAGUUUCAGAUCUUUCACCUCACAGACUAGCUCUAUUCAGCUCAGCUCCUUCAGACUAGCCAGCAGCAAUUAGCAAACACUUGGUGGAACUUAUAGGAGCUUCUUCUCAGUUCAACGCUGGUAAAAACGUUAAAGGGUUAAUAAAAGCAAGUUUCAAGCAGAGCAGGUAGAGACAGAGGCCCAGUUUAAAGGUGUUAAAUUACAAACUAAAAAUUUAAGUUACAUUUGAUUUUCAUGACAACUGAAGGAAACAUUCAGUUGUUAUGAAUGUUAUGACCCCUAACCCUACCACCCCCUUAAUCUGCCCCUUUAACCUCAAAACUAAAUUUUCCCUUUUAUUGCCUUAUUAGGACUGACGAGCCUGAAUUCUUCAAACAAAACCAAAAUCAUAACAAAGUGGUUUGAGUUUCUGUAAUGAAUAUUGUUUUGCUCUGAUAAUGAAAAGAGUUUUGAUGUUACCUUUGUUGUAGUGAUACAGUUAGCGCCUGGAGAACAUAUAAUGCCGCCCCUUUAAAUGCAGAAACACAGAGCCACCUCGUCUGUCACUCAAACUCCUUCUGAUUGCCACCUCUUAACCUUUGACCCCCUUGCUGUAAUCAGACACACAGACGGGCUCCUCCUCCGUCACUGAAAGUGUCCCACCUUGUUUUUGUUUUUACAGUCAGGUCUGCAUGCUGCUUGUCAGAGUAAGCUGUGUUUGCUUAGCAAAUGGCUCGUGAAGUUGUUUUUGUGCAACCUUCAACAAACGAGCACCUGGAUGUGAGUGAUUCAUUGUUUCCUCUUCGAGAACCAGUGUCCCAAUUUAAUGUCAUUUCACCAAAAAGUGUUCGGCAAAGCAUUCCUGGCUAAUCUUUUCCUUAUUGUCAGCAUUGCAUCAAAGCUGCCUGCUAUCAAUCAUCUUGCACAAGCAUUAAAAUGUACUUGGGAUGUAGAUUAUAUAAAACUGAAUGCUUGAAAAAUCACCGCAGAUUGUGACUUAUUCCAGAAGAGCCCUCGGUUUCAUGAGAACUGCUCGCUCAAAUGAGCUUCAGCGCUCUGUAAAACAUCUUUUCAGAGCAGCGUGAUUUAUGUGGAGCACUCCGACUUUCAUUGAUCUUCAUCCUCAUCAUGAGAUUUUAACAUUCCCAGCUGUUAAAGUUCUCAGAGGCUUGUUAGCUCUGGCAUGAAGCUGAAAAAUGCAGCUAAUAACGGAUCGGAUUGGAUUAGAGACGGUUGGA